CCGCUGGUUCGUGUUCGACUCGCGCCGCUGCUACCUCUACUACUUUAAGAGCCCGCAGGACGCGCUGCCCCUCGGCCACCUGGACAUCGCGGACGCCUGCUUCAGCUACCAGGGCCCCGACGAGGCGGCGGAGCCGGGCGCGGAGCCACCCGCGCACUUCCAGGUGCACAGCGCGGGAGCCGUCACGGUGCUCAAGGCUCCUAAUCGUCAGCUCAUGACUUACUGGCUGCAGGAGCUUCAGCAGAAGAGAUGGGAAUAUUGCAACAAUCUUGACAUGGUCAAGUGGGACAGCAAGACCUCCCCAGUUCCUGGGGAUUUUCCUAAGGGUCUGGUAGCUAGAGAUAACACAGAUUUAAUCUAUCAGCACCCUAAUGCUUCUGCAGAAACAGCCAGAAAUGUCUUGGCUGUGGAGACUACGCCUGGAGAGCUGGUGGGAGAACAAGCUGCCAGCCAGCCCACCCCUGGGCACCCAAAUGCUAUCAACUUUUACUCUUUGAAACAGUGGGGCAAUGAGCUCAGAAAUUCAAUGUCUUCUUUCCGUCCUGGGAGAGGACAUAAUGAUAGUCGGAGGACUGUGUUUUAUACCAGUGAAGAGUGGGAACUGCUAGAUCCAACCCCUAAGGACCUGGAGGAGUCCGUGGUACAGGAAGAAAAGAAGAAACCAGCAUCUGAAGGAAACAAAGGAGUAACUGGCUCAGGAUUCCCCUUUGAUUUUGGACGCAACCCCUACAAAGGAAAACGCCCUUUGAAAGACAUAAUUGGGUCGUACAAAAACCGUCACAGCAGUGGUGACCCUGCAAUCGAGGGAACAUCAGGCAGUGGCAGCACCAACAAGCCGGCCUCUGAAAUGCAGCUGCAGGUGCAGAGCCAGCAGGAGGAGCUGGAACGGUUGAAGAAAGACCUGUCCAGUCAGAAGGAGCUUGUCCGACUGCUCCAGCAGACAGUCCGGUCAUCCCAGUAUGACAAGUACUUCACAAGCAGCCGGCUCUGUGAGGGGGUCCCGAAGGACACGCUUGAGCUUCUGCACCAGAAGGAUGACCAGAUUCUGGGCCUCACCAGCCAGCUGGAGAGGGUCAGCCUGGAAAAGGAGAGUCUUCAGCAGGAAGUGAGGACACUGAAGGGCAAAGUGGGCGAGCUCAAUGAGCAGCUGGGGAUGCUGAUGGAGACCAUCCAGGCCAAGGACGAGGUCAUCAUCAAGCUGAGCGAAUGCGAGGGCACUGCAUCUUCCCCCACCACAGUGCCCAGCUCCCCCUUGGCCACCCCCGCCAGCAGGGACCAGCUGGAAAUGGACAGACUGAGAGAUAGUCUACAGGGGUACAAAGCCCAAAACAAAUUUCUAAAUAAGGAGAUUUUGGAACUCUCAGCUCUCCGAAGAAAUGCAGAAAGGAGAGAGAGGGAUCUGAUGGCAAAGUAUUCUAGCCUGGAAGCCAAGCUGUGCCAGAUAGAGAGUAAAUACUUGAUACUGCUCCAAGAAAUGAAGACCCCAGUGUGCUCAGAAGAACCGGGUCCUGCCCGCGAGGUCAUAGCCCAGUUGCUGGAGGACGCUCUGCAGGUAGAGAGUCAAGAGCAGCCAGAGCAAGCAUUUGUGAAGCCGCAUCUUGUCAGUGAAUAUGAUAUUUAUGGAUUUAGGACUGUGCCCGAGGAGGACGAGGAGGAGAAGCUGGUCGCCAGGGUCCGCGCGUUGGACCUCAAGACACUCCACCUCACAGAAAGCCAGGAGGUCUCCACAGGGGUCAAGUGGGAGAACUACUUUGCAAGCACAGUGAACAGAGAGAUGGUGUGCUCUCCGGAGUUAAAAAACCUGAUCCGAGCAGGCAUUCCUCACGAGCACCGCUCCAAGGUAUGGAAGUGGUGUGUGGACCUUCACACCAGGAAGUUCAGAGACAGCACUGAGCCCGGCCACUUCCAGACCCUGCUUCAGAAGGCACUGGAGAAACAGAACCCAGCCUCCAAGCAGAUCGAGCUGGACCUGCUGCGGACUCUGCCCAACAACAAGCACUACUCCUGCCCGACCUCUGAAGGCAUACAGAAGCUGCGCAAUGUCCUGCUCGCCUUCUCCUGGCGCAACCCAGACAUCGGCUACUGCCAAGGCCUGAAUAGGUUGGUAGCAGUGGCCCUCCUGUACCUGGAACAGGAAGAUGCAUUCUGGUGUCUGGUUACCAUAGUGGAAGUUUUCAUGCCUCGAGACUAUUACACAAAGACUCUUUUAGGAUCCCAGGUAGACCAGCGGGUGUUCCGAGACCUCAUGAGUGAGAAGCUGCCCCGACUGCAUGCCCACUUUGAGCAGUACAAAGUCGACUACACCCUCAUCACAUUCAACUGGUUCCUGGUGGUGUUUGUGGAUAGCGUCGUUAGUGAUGUUCUCUUUAAAAUAUGGGACUCUUUCCUUUACGAGGGACCAAAGGUUAUUUUCCGUUUUGCCCUGGCACUUUUUAAAUAUAAGGAAGAGGAGAUCCUGAAAUUGCAAGAUUCAAUGUCCAUAUUCAAGUAUCUCCGUUAUUUCACUCGCACCAUCCUUGAUGCAAGGAAGCUGAUCAGUAUCUCCUUCGGGGAUCUGAACCCCUUCCCCCUGCGCCAGAUUCGGAACCGGCGCACCUACCACUUGGAGAAGGUCCGGCUAGAAUUGACAGAGCUGGAGGCCAUCCGGGAGGACUUCCUGCGUGAGCGUGACACCAGCCCUGACAAAGGCGAGCUGGUCAGCGAUGAGGAGGACACCUGAGGGGAUCCUGGGAAGCUGUGCUUCUCGCCUUCACAACCAAAGUGUGCCAAAGGAUGAACUCAUUUAAAGGCCAGAAUGUCACAUCAUGGGCUCUUGGGAUCUGCUGGGCAGACAGCCAGAGCCAGACUGUACUUUCUCAUCUCCCCCGGGGGCAGGUUGAGGAUCUGAUCUGUUCACAGCCAUCUCCGUGCCAUGGUGCCAGGUACACCAAUUGCAGCAGUCAUGCUCUCUGACUGGUGACCCACCAGACUUACCAAUUGGCUGCAAAAGCUUGUUUAUGGCAUCUAUCCAUUGUAUUGAUGUUUUUCCUUUGAAAACUAGCCUUGCUAGGCAUCUUCCCACAGUGGGCAGUUGUGUGCAUCCUUUAAAUGGCAGCCCUGUGGAGGGUGCCCACACAUCUGCAGCCAGAGCGUGGCUGUCUCAGGUGGAGAAGAUCAGUAUGGAAAAGGGACUUCCUCAGAGAAACAAGCACAUCCCUGUGCAGAAGUGGCCAGUAUAGCAGGCCUGCAGGCCUCAUGCUGAAUGCUUCUAGCUGCCAGCCACGCCCCAUUUCUGGAAUAGCCUUCAUCCUUCUGCACACAAUCCUUCCAACAGUGGCCCGGGGGGGGGGGGGGGCCUAGGCAGACCAGACCCCGCCCCCGCUUUCUCAUUGCCGGCCUGUGUUUGCAGACCAUUUAGAUGCUCUGCCACCUGGCACGUCUUCCCCAGGCUCUGUGGAGAUGGGCUAAGUCUAGAUGGGUUGUGGUUCCAAGUAAACAGUGGGUCAUCAUGCAGCUGAGCAGGCCCACCCCUGGCUGGCCUUGACUAGCGGUGCUUUGCAUGGCAGAGGUGCAGCUGCUGCAUGAAUACCCCUGGACAGUCGGGCACCUUGGCCUCCUCAGGGUGGCAGUGCUGGUGCCGUGUAGGAAUCAGCAGCUGCCAGAGCCUAGGGUGGGAAACUCCUUGGCUUAGGGCAUGUCCUAGGCAUGGCAGCCGGAAGCAUCCUUAUCCUCAGAAAGAACAGGGGGGUCCACUGUUGCCUCUGACACAGCAGGCUGGGCAGGCCAUUUCUGGAAACUACCUUUUUGAAGCCUGGAGAGAGGCUUUCACAAGGUUGUUUUUGCUUAAUCUUUGGCCUAUCCCUGAUGUGUAGGUGUGAGAAUGUUUUCCAGCACAGUGUCAUUCAAAGUCUUAAGUGGAAUGUUUCAUAGUACCUGAAAGUCAGAAAUAGUCCUUGAUGUAAACACACUCAGACUGAGAAUCAAGGCAAUGAAGUUUUAAGAAGGGCCUUUCCCUUAAGUGUGGCUUCCUUAUUAUUCUUGCUGUUGACUUUCUAGCAGUGCCAUGGUAAGUGGGUAUUUCAGUGUUCUAGCCAAGCCUGACUUUCUGUCUAUAGUUCAGCUAGUAAGUUCUCACUGCUCAGAGGGAGCUGGUCUCUAUAUUUAGCCAAAAGCCUUUGUGUCUUUUCAGGUAUCAAACAUGUGUUUUAUUGUUGUUUUUGUCUUUGAGAGCAGCUGUUUGAGGCCCAGCUUCUUCAGUAGGUUGUCCUAGGAACUGGGCUUUGUAGUCUGCUGGGACCAGGUGGCAGCAGGAUGCCCCCUUCCCACCCCCAUGCUGUGAGUCAGCAGGAUAGGCUGUAAGGAGGUAUAGCAGUAGGGCAGCCCAUGGCUUAGCUCCUCCUGCCUCAGGUUUUAGUUUCCAAGUUGAUGUGCCAGGGACAUGCUAGCCUACACCGUGGGCUGAUGCUAAGGUGCCACCUUCAGGAACAGGCCCACUGUGUUUGGUGCGCCUGGCUGGGGGCCGCCAUGGUCAGGCAGUGGGCUGCGAGAAAGCAGAGGUCCUGAAGGAAAUGGACUGGGGAUACUUUCUGGGAGGUUUUCCCCCUUGGAUGCUCCCUCUGCCAGCUGUCCAGAGGGUGGGAGAGGGAGUGCUCAGCCUGGUUCCACUUUGGGGACCCAUUGCUCCCAGAGCAGCCCCGUUUUCAGCGAACACUUCCUUUUCGCUAAUGCCACUGUAGAAAGAGCUGUUCUGUCCCCUCCAGAGUCCCUAAAUCCCACAACCUCCUCCAGUUGUGCUGGCAAGUGCCCUUUCUGGCAGGGGCUGUCCCCCUGCUGCUCUCUGAACCUUUGCCCCAUGCCUAGCCGGUGGCCCCUCAGGGCAGCCUGCUUGCCCAAGGGCACAUGCCCAGGGCAGCUCCUCUGCCAUAUCUGGUAGGAAUUGCCAACUUUUAAAUUGAUAAGAGUUUUCAUGGGUUGAACCUCUGUUAAUACUUUUGUAUAUUUUCACUACAGGUUAUAUUUUUAUAGGGUAUUUUAUCAAGGUUUUUCUAGAUUUUGAACAUCUAUUUUAUAUAACAAGUUCUUAUUUUGUGUGUAUUUAUGUAAACCUUCUAGACUGCUCUUCCCUCCCAUGCCACCUUUUCGCUCUAGCUUUGGCCUUCACUGACUUGUCAUAGGCCCAGGUCUGCCCCCAGGUAGCCUGGGUGCCACCUCUGGCCAUGCUGACAGCCGUACAGUAGCAGCCAAGACUUGAUUGCUAGAGACAUCUAGUUUCAGCUAGACAAAUACCCAGUUGGGUUUUAACUAAAUGUUUGUAUUACUGCACAAAGCCCACCCUUGCUUCGUAGUAUUUUCUUCCUGUGUGUUGCUGGGCUUCUGGGCAGCUGGGCCUGCCCCAGGAGGUCCUUGCAGGUGAGAGGCUGGACACAGGCCAGGUGUACCACCAAGUGUCCUGCCACUGCUGGGCCACUGGAGUAUUCCGGGUGGGCACUGCCAAUAAUAUUCUGUAUCACAGCAGUGUGUAUGCUGGUCUUCUAGCAUAUUUUUGGAAUAUAAAUUCUGGAACUGUAAUACUACAGGAAGAAAUAAACUAAUUUGCAUAAUA